GCCUUUCCAGGCUCCUCCUCCUCCCCACCCCUUUAAUAGAUCCUUAAGUGGGCUCCCGCCACCUGCCAGGCUCACCCUGCACCUUCACCAUGGCGUUCAUUGCCAAGUCGUUCUACGACCUCAGUGCUAUCAGCCUGGAUGGGGAGAAGAUAGAUUUCAAUACAUUCCGAGGCAGGGCAGUGCUGAUUGAGAACGUAGCAUCGCUCUGAGGCACAACCACUCGGGACUACACCCAGCUCAACGAGCUGCAAUGCCGCUUUCCCCGGCGCCUGGUGGUUCUUGGCUUCCCUUGCAAUCAGUUUGGACAUCAGGAGAACUGUCGGAAUGAGGAGAUCCUGAACAGUCUCAAGUACGUCCGCCCUGGGGAUGGAUUCCAGCCCACCUUCACCCUUGCCCAGAAGUGUGAUGUGAAUGGUCAGAAUGAGCAUCCUGUCUUCGCCUACCUGAAGGACAAGCUCCCCUACCCCUAUGAUGACCCAUUUUCUCUCAUGACCGAUCCCAAGUACAUCAUUUGGAGCCCAGUGCGCCGCUCAGAUGUGUCCUGGAACUUUGAGAAGUUCCUUAUCGGGCCGGAGGGGGAGCCCUUCCGACGCUACAGCCGCACCUUCCAAACCAUCAACAUCGAGCCCGACAUCAAGCGCCUCCUCAAAGUUGCCAUAUAGACGCGGGCUGCUCAGCACACAGAUCUCCUACUCCAGCCAGACCCUGAGUAUCUCCCCUUAGGAUUCAGAGUGUCCUCGGGAGACACUGCUGGACCUGAGCUUCCCCCUGAGAUCAUUCUCCUUCCUCAAAGAGCCUUGCCUUUCCUGUCGGCCUGUUUCUCUCCCAACCUUCUGGUUGGUGAUUCAACUUGGCCUCCAAGACGUAGGCGAGCUCUGGGCCUUCACAGAAUGAUGGCACCGUCCUAAACCUGUAUGGGCGGGGUCUGAGACAUGUGAAGAGCCCGUGCCAGCCUGCUAGCUGAGUCCAAUAAAUGGCAGGUGUGGAAAUGGCC